UGAAAAGAUCAUUUGAAUCUGUAAAGAAUUGCCAGGCCACCUAGAGUGUUAUUCCACUGGGCCUUUGUUUGUCUUGGUGGCAAUGAAGUCAGCCAAUCUCUGAUUUCCAAAGUAUUCUUACUUUUUCUAACCCCACCAUAAAAUAUACAGACUCCUCUAACACACUCACAAUCAGGGACCUGGACAGCAACGUGUUGAAAACAUUCUUUAACGUGGCAAGUAUAAAAUAUCUUGAAACUAAAAGAAUAGUGAUAACAAGCUUUCAUAUGUUUUAUUGAACGUUUUGGUCAUACUUCAUACUCAUUGCUUAAAAAAUAAGCUGUAAGUAAUUACAUAUUCAGUGUCUUCCACUUCACAGCUCAGGAUCUCAAUAUCAGAGGAGAUGAUUUCCAGAUUUCCAGAAACAAUACUGAAAGAUAUUAUUACAAGAAGGGUUUAAGGAUUUUUCACAAGGAAUCUCUGUUUCAACCGGAGUGUGUGAAAUGGAGAAUGACACUAUAAUGUUUCAAUUUAACCUCACCAUGUAUGUGAACAUAGGGUCUUACCGCUAUCCAGCGUUUGUACUGUGCUUCCUGCUGUUUGCCAUUAUUGUCUCUGCUAAUCUUGUUAUAAUACUAGUAAUAUCACGGGAGAGAACACUUCAUGAGCCCAUGUAUAUUUUCAUUGCAUUUUUGUCUGUCAACUCUCUGUAUGGUUCUUCUGGUUUCUUCCCCAGAUUCCUUAUGGACCUUCUGUCUGAUUCUCAUUUAAUCUCACGUCCAGCUUGUUUCACUCAGAUCUAUAUUAUUUACACAUAUGCUUUCCAUGAAAUGACCAUUCUCAGCAUUAUGGCAUAUGACAGAUAUGUUGCUGUAUGUGAUCCUUUACACUAUCACAGCAAGGUAACCCCUAAGAGAGUCUGUAGGUUGGCAGCCUUUGCUUGGAUCUUUCCGACCUUUUCCAUUGCAUUGUGUCUUUAUUUGGCCGUCAGGCUUCCUCUGUGUGGCAACAAGAUCCUAAAAGUAUACUGUGCCAUCUGGAAUAUUGCUAAACUGUCAUGUGUCACCACUGUUAUCAACAAUAUUGUUGGCUUGCUUGUAACCACAAUUACAAUAAUUCUGCCCCUGAUCUAUGUCUUGUAUACCUACUUUCGAAUUAUGCUUGUGUGCAGGAGAAGCUCAUCCGAGUUCAAGAGCAAAGUGUUCCAAACCUGCUUACCGCAUACUAUUUCAUUUGUCAGUUAUUCCAUCACUGUAUUUUGUGAUAUUGCCUUAAGUCGUUUUAAUGUUGAAAAGCUAAACCCAUUUUUUGCUGUAAUUUUAUCAUUGGAGUUUGUAAUGAUACCUCCACUUCUGAACCCUCUUUUGUACGGUUUGAAGUUACCAGAAAUAAGAAGACACAUUUUCAAGACCUUACCAUGUUUAAAAACUCGUUCUUAAACUCUCACUGAAAUAAUUACUUUAAAAAAUCCCAACAUUCUGUACUAAAUAUAUUCAUAUUAUGUUGUCUGUGAAAGAUUGUCUUUUAAAGCAAGGAGAAGGCCUGUCUGCGGCUGUGUGACUAAGGUCUCAAAAUAAAAGUUAACCUAGAACUAAA